CUGUGGCCACAUGCUGCAAUAGCAACAUCUAAAAUUAACUACACUAAUGUACUCUAGGUGACAGGUCAAACAAAUACCAUUGUGACUGGAAACUAACAGAUGGGGCUCUGAAACAAACAGACUCACUGGAACAAGCUGUACCUGAGAUCCAAACUUACUGAAACAUGUUCAAGGAGAAGAACCACCAAAACAGCUAUGUGAAAACACAGGAGGAAUAAUUAGUUGCCGUGCUGACUAGACCAGAGACAUGCAUAACCAGGUUAUUCAAAGCUUUGAGAGGGUACUGCACAAACUCUGGUUCAUAAAAGACAUUUUUGAGCUCAUUCUUGGAGCGUUUUUUUACUUUUUUGAAGCCUUUGUUCGACUCUUUAUUCCACAUUGCAAGAAAGAUGUUGAGGGAGAGAUCGUCUUGGUGACUGGAGCUGCAAAUGGGAUUGGAAAGCUGAUUGCCAAAGAACUUGGCCACCAUGGAGCAACGUUAGUCUUGUGGGAUAUCAACUCAGAUGCACUGGACAAGACAGCCAAAGAAUUAAAGCAAGUAUUGGAUGUACGUGUGUAUGCCUAUACCUGUGACUGCAGCAGAAGAAGUGAGGUCUACAAAGUUGCUGAACUGGUUAAAAGGGAGGUUGGAGAUGUGUCAAUUUUGGUGAACAAUGCAGGCAUGGUAACGGGCAAAUACACUUUCAUAGAAGCCCCUGACACUCUGGUGGAUAGAACACUAAGGGUCAAUGUUGCUGCUCAUUUCUGGACUUACAAGGCAUUUCUCCCAGCUAUGUUGCAACGAAACCAUGGGCAUCUGGUCUGUGUGGCAUGCCAUGGAGGGUCGUUUGCAAUGAACGGCCUUGCAGACUAUUGUGCAAGCAAGUCUGCAGCAGUGAGCUUUGCAGAAUCUAUUGCACUGGAGCUGCUUGCCCUUAAAAAGGAAGGAAUCAAAACAACAAUAGUGUGCCCCUAUCUAUUAAACACAAAAAUGUUUAGGGGAUGUCAAACAAAGAGACCAUCCUUUCUUCCAAUCUUGGAUCAGAGAUAUGUAGCAAAACAAAUUGUGGAUGCAAUACUACAGGAGAAGAUGUAUUUGUUGUUACCCUCAAGUCUACAUUUCUUGAUGGCACUUAAGAGUCUCAUGCCUGCCAAACUGGGCAUCAUCUUUGUGAACUUCAUUGGUGGGAUGGAUCUGAUGGAUCACUUCAGGGGGGUUCCUGUACCCAUUAUCAGCUACAAAAAGCCGCAGCGCCAACGAAACGACAGUGUCAGUGAUCCACAAACCACUCUUAUCUAUUACAACUAGCAAAAACCAGUGUAAAUAACAAAUUAGCUUAAAUGUAUGAGUAAUAUCAGACUACUCAAGUUCACCUGUGUGAAAUGAUUAAAGUGUGAAUAAAUAAUUUUUUUCCUCUCUGUCUCUGGGGUUCAUUUGUCUUCUCAAAUUCAAUAGCAAAUUCAAAAUAUUCCCAUUUUUGUUUCAUUUGUAUAUACAUACACAUUUGUUUAAAGGAAUAGUUCACCCCAAAAUGGAAUUUCCUGAAAAUGUACUCUAGUUUACACCAUCUAAGAUACAGAUGAGUUUGUUUCUUCAUCGUAACAAAUUUAGAGAAACGAGUGGUAGCAUUACACUUGGAUCUCUCACCAAGUGAAUGGGUGCCGUCAAACUGAGAGUCCAAACAGAGAUCACAAUAAACAAGUAAUCCACAUGACUCCAAGUCCAUCGAUUAGUGUUUUGCGAAAUGAAAAGUUGCAUGUCCUCAAUCAUUAAAAUCCACCAACAUAUUUGUUUAGAACUGUUUUCACAUGUUUGGUGCUUGAUCCGUGCAUUUUUCUCUCCCGAUUCAGACGAGAUGACUUUUUUCACUGGAGAAAGCGGAGAGAGGCCUCAUAAUUUUAGCCAGGAGCAAUGAUUCUGUUUAGUCUCUCAUUCUGACGGCACCCAUUCGCUGCAGAGGAUCCAUUAGUGAGCAAGUGAUGUAACACUAAAUUUCUCCAAACCUGUUCAGAUGCAGAAACAAACUCAUCUAUGGGCUGAAA